AUGCUCGUGCGCCGACGCUUCACCACGAGUCGCGUACAGGAGCGGCGCACAAUGCUUGUUCGCCUCGCCGGCGUCGUUGUGCCACUACCGCACAAGCACGUCAUUUCCCUCCCAAUUCGCCUCUCUCUCCUCCAUAUACUAUUCUUCGCCGACGCACCCCCCCCCCCCAUCGUCGUCACCGUCACCCUCACCCGCUGGCCGUCGCCUCAUCCGCUCGCCGACAGCAGUGCGGCAGGCUCCCUAUACUCACUCGGCCGUCUUGUGCUCGCGUCGCUCUCGUCCAACGGCAUAAGAGGACGCAGCCUCCUGCCCACUCACCGACGACCGCCGUCACCGCGCCCGUCAAAUCGAAUCCUUCUCGAACCCUUCCCGAAAACACCACCCAAGUCGGCAUCGCUUGUUGCUUGGUCUUAUAUGGCUUCGGCAGGCGGCUUCCCCCGUCCGGCAUCGUUCCGUCUGACGAGGAUCGCACGAGAUGCCUACGAAUAUCCCAUGGCCGUCCUCCAGGCCCCGCCCGACGCCAGUUCCUCCCUGCCUCACCUGUGCCUUCUCGUCUUCGAGGCCGUCCUCGAGGUCGUCUGCGUGAGCUUGCCUGGCUACAUCAUCGCCCGCCUCGGCCACUUCGAUGCCGAAAAGCAACGGUUCCUCGCCAACCUCAACGUCAUGCUCUUCACGCCAUGCCUCAUCUUCACCAAGCUGGCGUCGCAGCUGAAUGCCGAGACGCUUUCCGACCUCGCCAUCAUUCCCGCCAUCUUUGUCGUCCAGACGCUAGUGUCCUGGCUCGUCUCCGUCUUGAUCGCCAAGGUGUUUCGUUUCAACAAGCGGGCCUCCAACUUCGUCACGGCCAUGGGCGUCUUCGGCAACUCCAACUCCCUACCCAUCUCUCUCGUGCUUUCCUUGUCUCAGACCAUCAAGGGACUCCACUGGGACAGGAUCCCCGGCGACAAUGACGACGAGGUUGGCGCCCGCGGCAUCCUGUACCUGCUCAUCUUCCAGCAGCUCGGUCAGCUAGUCCGCUGGAGUUGGGGCUACCACGUGCUGCUCGCCUCCAAGGACAAGUACCUCGAUUACAUCGAUGACAUUGCCGAGGAGGGCCAGUGGGCCGUGCGCGAGGACCACGACGAACGGGAGGCGCAGGGGCUCAUCCAAGGCAUCGACGGCGACACGGACGAGGAGAUGGAUGAGGACGAGGAUGAGGACCACAGCGUCGACUCGCGCAGGUACAUUCCCGCAGGCCGCACCCCUGUUGCCGGGACCUCGACGGCGUCCGUGGCCGACUCGAGCGAUGACGAGUUCGGCACGAGAAAGGCGCUGUGCAAGAAGACGUCGCACUCUCACAACGGAAAUCAUCAUCACCCUGUUGGCAACGGCGGCGACCCCAACGGCCCGACCCCGGCUUCCCGUGGCGACGAGAAUGGCGACGCUCUGCUUGAUGGGGCCGAUGGUGGAGUUUGGCGUCGGACAAAGGCUUUCCUUUCCAAGCCGACGAGCGCCCUAAAGGGGCGGGCUUGUUGUUCCCUCUCGCGCCUGUGCAAACGGCUGCCACGCCCUCUCCAGGUCUGCGUCUCCUUCCUGGCCAAGGCGAUUUCGAAGACGGCCCACUUCCUCUAUGAGUUCAUGAACCCUCCCCUGUGGGCCAUGUUGAUUGCCGUCCUUGUCGCCUCGAUUCCCUCGUUGCAGGAACUCUUCUUUGAAGAGGGAUCCUUUGUCAACAACAGUGUGACGAAUGCGGUCAAGUCGAGCGGCGGCGUUGCCGUCCCUCUGAUCCUCGUCGUCCUCGGCGCCAACCUGGCGCGGAACACGAUGGCCCACGACGACGCUCACGACCCGGAGGAGGAGAGGAUAGGAACGAAGCUCCUCGUGGCGUCACUGCUGAGCCGCAUGGUCCUGCCUACAAUCAUCAUGGCACCCAUCUUGGCCGUCAUGGCAAAGUAUCUGCCCAUCAGCAUCCUCGAUGACCCCAUCUUCAUCAUCGUCUGCUUUCUCCUCACCGGUGCACCCAGCGCGCUCCAGCUGGCGCAGAUUUGCCAGAUCAACAACGUGUACGAAAAGACAAUGGGCCGCAUCCUGUUCCAGAGCUACGUCAUUUGGAUCCUGCCGUCCACCUUGGUUCUCGUCAUGAUGGCCCUUGCCGUCGUUCAUUGGGCGGCGGCGUCGCUGUAA